AUGGCCCCCAUAAUAAACCUCCCUCUUCACCAAACCCGCAACAGCAAUAAUCUCCUCUCCCCCCGCGAUAACCCCGACUGCCCCAACACCAUCUCAGGCGGCGGCAUCGCGGGCAUUGUCCUCGGCACCAUCGCAGGCACACUACUCAUCCUAUGGCUAUGGCAUCUGUGUUCCUUGCCCGGGGCCAGUUCAAGCGGAGGGUCGGAUUACGGCGAGGCUAACUUAGCGACAUCGACAACACGAAGAAGGCGGCGACGCCAUAGUAGUCCGACGGUGUAUUAUCUCGAGAAGCAUCCAUCUGGGCAUGGUGGUGGGGGCUCCAAUAGCGAUCCUUCAGAGAUGGAAGAAGUAAUCCAGAGCCCUGUGGCUCAUGAUCAGAAAAUAGCAGAGGCAGAAAGUGUAUUUUAA